GCCGCCGGUCGCCAAGGAGCAGGGCGCACGCGGGAGGCCGGCCGGCGAGGGACGCGGGGACCCGGCGCCCGAAUGGAGAAACGGAGGCUUGCAAAGUCUUCACAGAAUACCUCAGGCCACCCAAGUGAGUCAAAUGGUGGAGACAAGACUAAGAUCCAGGGCAAGGUACUAUUUUCAGAAUCCAGCUGGAAUCUCACACAGUAAAACAAUGUCAAGAGAAAAGGAAGGAAAACAAAAAACUAAAGGAACACCCCUGCCCAUCGUUCCAAUUCUUCAAAAGUUCCUGAAAACAUACGAGAGGCACUGCGCCCAGACGCAGACAUCUGUGUGUCCAGCCAUCAAACAGGACUUGAAAACCAGCAUCAAAAACGAACAGAUUCUCAGGAAAUUUAUGCUUGUAAGACCUGAAGACUCUCCGACAAGCAUCCUACCGAUUUCCUUAGAACCUUUGCUCAUGACAAUUCGAGAUGAGUGUUAUAUGCUGGGGAAAGAGAUCUGUAUCUGGAGCCUUCAACUGAGCAACCCAGAGACUGCCAGACUGGCUUCGCUUCUGGAGUUGAAGGGCCGUGCCGCCUGCCCAUUUACCAGCCUGGAGCUCAUUGACUGUAGGAUGGAUCUGUGGUCUCUCGGGAGACUCGGGAGGGCUCUGCCAUGCAGCUGUCUGCGUUCUCUCGUCCUCGAUUACUGCAGAUUUGGAAAUGAAGAAAUUGAGAGUAUUUUCUCGGGCCUGGAGAACAACCAAAGGCUUCAAACCCUCAGUCUGCGCUACUGUGGUCUGGGACCACAGAGUGGGCCACGGCUGGGCACCAUCAUAUACCAGAGCUCCAUUUGCAAGCUGCACCUUGAUGGCAAUUACUUACAGUGUUCUGGAGCUCUGACACUCCUCAGACCCAUAGCCGAGUAUGCAAAGAUACAGGGGAGAGACCAGCCGGCCACAUCCCCACCAGACCCCAGGAGUCCCCCGCAGCAGCUACAGGCCAAACAGAGGGGAAGUUCAACUUUGAACCAGAUUACAAAGUCACCUGGAGCUCUAACAGGGAAAACUACUUCAGGGAAGGAGAGGAGGAAAAAAGGAAUCAAGAAAAUUAAAGAUUUGACUGAUGCUGGUCCUUGGUUAGUGAAAUUGUAUUUGGCAGAUAAUGGCAUAGACAGAAAAGGAAAAGAAGGAGAAAAUGGCUUGUUGGAAUUCACUCAAAUUUUAACAUGCCUGAUCACAUCCUCUGCUCACUUAAGGGAAAUUGACCUUGGAAACAAUGUCCUGGGAGAAAUGGCUGUUACUGACAUUCUUGAAGCACUGAGAGCCAGAAAGACAGGUAAACUACCAGUCUUAAAAAUUAUGGUCACUCCUCAAGUCUCUUCAGAAACCUUCAGAUCUAUUUGGAAAAAUAGCAGGAAAUCUAGUAUUACCCGUAGAAAGAAGAAAAAGGCUAAAAACUGAAGAUGGAUGCCAUAUAUCUUUAUGGAUGCUGUCUAUUUCCAUGGCCAACCAGACAUGUGUAGAAAGAUAUUGCUUUUUCUAUAAUAAUUGUUUUCACUGGGACCAAGCCCAUCUCAAGUUCUAAAAUUUGAUGACAAUUUAUGAAAGUUCAAAGUAGUGUUAAUCCUGCUAUGCUUGUCAUUUUCUUUUUUUUUUUUUAAAGAUUUUAUUUAUUUAUUU